CCUGACCGGUGGGUGGCAGCCGCCGCCAUCCACCGAGGCCAACAACUUGCAACUUGCAACUUGCACCUCAUCCGUCUCUCACGAUGCGCCCGCCUGUCCUCCGCUCCCUCUCGCUCCCGCUCCACCCCCGCCCCACGCGCCCCCUCUCCCGCCCACUCGCGCCGACGGCGCCGCGCGGCGUGGCCAACUCCGCCCCGCUCCUCUCGAAAGACAAGCCUAACCCCGAUGCGCCGGUGAAAGACGAGGGGCCGGUAGACCCGGCCGCGCGCGGCGUGAACGAAAUGCGGCGGCAGUGGGGCGGGCUGAUCGACGGCGCGGAGGCGGACCUCGCCGACGAGGCGGCGGCCAGCCGCGGCCGCACGAAGGAGAAGGGGGAGAAGGAGAAGAAGAGCAAGAUUGACGUCGACCUGACGCAACACGAGGGGCUCGAGGCCGACAUCGAGCCUACGGUCGACCCCGCGGCGCGCGGCGUCAACGAAAUGCGCCGGCAGUGGGGGGAUCUCAUUGAGAAGAAGUGUGAAAAACUCGGGCUCGGCUUCUUGGAGUCUCGCAUCGUUGGCCAGUGGGUGGUUAAUGCUCGGAAGGAUACAUGGGCAGCAGUAGCAUCGAUGGACAUACUUGGACACCACACCACACCACAGACACAGACUCGAGCCACUGACGUCUGUAGGGAUGCUCGCACCGCUGAGCUAACUUAGCCCUGCAAAACUAACCGUUCUGCCCGUCAAAUUGGGGCCUGUGUGUGGCUUCAUUCUACGCAGUGCAAGUUGAGCUGAGAGGGUUUAGAAGGUUUAUGAAAGGUGUGAGG